AUGAGUAAAGGCCGCGAGGGCCCCGCGGCGGGCGGAGGCGCCGCCGCCGUCCUGCUGCGGUACCUGCGGGAGCAGAACCGGCCGUACAGCGCCCAGGACGCCUUCGGGAACCUGCAGCGGGAGCACGGGCUGGGCAAGGCGGCCGUGGUGAAGGCGCUGGAGCAGCUGGCGCAGCAGGGCCACAUCCGCGAGAAGGCCUACGGGAAGCAGAAGGUCUACUUUGCCGACCAGGAGCAGCUCCCGGCCGCCAGCGACGCGGAGCUCCAUGGCCUGGACGGGGAGAUCACCGCGCUCUCCACCAAGGUGCAGGCGCUCCAGCAGAGCUGCCGGCAAAUGGAGGCGGAGCUGAAGGACCUGAACAGCUCCAUGACAACCCCUGAGAUGGCCAGAGAGGUCGAGGAGCUGAGGAAGGACUGCGCGAGUUACGCAGAGAAACUGGAGAGGAUUAAGUCUGCCACCAACCACGUGACUCCGGAAGAAAAAGAGAAGGUCUGUGGCGAGCAGAAGCUGUACUGCAAGGAGUGGCGGAGGAGGAAGCGAAUGGCGACCGAGCUGCUGGAGGCCAUCCUGGAGGGGUACCCCAAAAGCAAGAAGCAAUUCUUCGAGGAGGUCGGGAUAGAGACGGACGAGGACCAUAACGUCACGCUGCCGGCGGCUGUGUGAGGUGCUGAGGGACUCUCUUACCCUGGGAGGAGAAGGAGCUGAUGCGGAGCUGCCGCUGAAGCUCAGCCGUUGGGUUGGUUUUUUCCUCUUUUUGCAGGGCUGGGGCUCAC